CGCCCGCCCGGGGACGCCCCGGCGGCUCUCUCUGCACCUCACUGCCCCGCACCUUCCUCCGCGCACUCGGGGGCGGCCGCAGCCGCUGCCGCGGGAGGAGCUUCCUCGCGACUCCGGAGGCGCUCGGCGCAGUCGCCGAGGAUCCGGCCCCGGGAGCGGUGGGCAGCGCACGCGCCGCCUGGCGCCUCGGACUCCUCGCUGGUGCCCCGCCGGGUCCGGGGAGACUGCCUCCUUCCCGGGCCGCCGCUGAGCCGCGCCACCGUCCUCCGGUUUCCGCCGGCUCGAUGCUGCGGCUGCCGCGGGAGAGGCAGCACCCGGCUGGAGCGAGCGGCUGCGGGCGAGCUCCCGGCCCCGGAGCCCCGCGCGCCUCUGCGGUCUUCGCGCCUGGGCCUCGCCGGCACUUGGAAUUGAAGAAGCAACACAACCUCUUAUCUUGGAUAAUUUCUAGUGGACAAGAUAGCAGCAGCCUCCUGGGCCUCCGGCGCCCUUACCGCAUUCUACACGCUCAAGAACAGAGAGGACCUCUGGGAAACAGAUUCCUAAAAGUGUAGGAAGGGGACGAAGUGGAGCCAGCGUUUGCUGCACAUGUCCUAAAGGUCAGGCUCGCUGUCUCGCUGCCCUUGUUUCCUCAAUAAACUAGGUGGGCCAGCCAUGAGAGGGUGCCUCCUGGCCAUCUUCCUGAGUGCUCUCUUCCUCUAUUAUGUGCUGCAUUGUAUAUUGUGGCGAACAAAUGACUAUGGGGUGACACCUAUGGAAAUGAAGCCGAGAAAUAAGAUCCAGCCUUGUUUAUCAAAGCCAGCUUUUGCCUCUCUCCUGAGGUAUCAUCAGUUUCACCCUUUUCUGUGUGCAGCGAAUUUCAAAAAUACUGCUUCCUUCUACGGUAGCGAUAAGUUUGAUUUGCCCUAUGGGAUAAGAGCAUCAGCCACACACUUUCGACUUGCUCUUUGGAAACUGCCAAAUUGUGAUCUCUUUGAUGAGUUUGACAAUGUGCCGUGUAAGAAGUGUGUGGUGGUUGGUAAUGGAGGAAUUUUGAAGAAUAAGACAUUAGGAGAAAAAAUUGACUCCUAUGAUGUAAUAAUAAGAAUGAAUAACGGUCCUGUUUUAGGACAUGAAGAGGAAGUUGGGAGAAGGACUACCUUCCGACUUUUUUAUCCAGAAUCUGUUUUUUCAGAUCCUAAUCACAGUGACCCUAAUACUACGGUGAUUCUCACUGCUUUUAAGCCACUUGAUUUAAAGUGGCUGUUGGAAUUGUUGACAGGUGGCAAAAUAAAUCCUAAUGGUUUUUGGAAGGAACCAGCCUUAAAUCUGAUCUAUAAACCUUAUCAAAUCAGAAUAUUAGAUCCUUACAUCACCAGAAUGGCAGCAUACGAACUGCUUCAUUUCCCGAAAGCGUUUCCCAAAAAUGAGAAACCCAAACACCCAACCACAGGCAUUAUUGCCAUUACAUUGGCAUUUCACAUAUGUCAUGAAGUUCACCUUGCUGGCUUUAAGUACAACUUUUCUGACCUCAAGAGCCCUUUGCACUACUAUGGGAAUGCCACCAUGUCUUUGAUGAGUGAGAAUGAAUAUCACAAUGUGACUGCGGAGCAGCUCUUUCUGAAGGACAUUAUAGAAAAAAACUUUGUAACCGACUUGACCCAAGAGUAACCCUACAGACUCAGAAGAUAAUGCUAACAGUGUUAGUUUUAUUUUUAUACUGCAAUUUUUAGUUUAUUUUUAAAUAUGUUGGAUGUACUUGUCAAGAAAUUAUGUGUAUCAAGUCUGUUGCUGCCUGGUGAUUCAUAACCACCAGCUUAAUUUCUGUGAAUAUAUUUAAUUUAUGGAAACCAAGAUGUUAAGAUAUCAGGGAAAGUGAACUUUUCAUUGUAUUGUUUAAAAAUAAGCUAGUUUUCUGAAGUGUUUUUAACUAUAGUUAGUUCAUCUUAGACUUCUGAAGGGACGCUGACUUCCUAGUAAGUAAGGGGGGUUAGUUUACUACAACACAUUUUGAAUGUAACAGGACAUUUUGAGAGGUUCAUCUGGCUACUGUAAAUUGGUAGGGAACUGGUGUGUGGCAGUUCCCUGAUGUAGUGUACUGGACCCACUUCAGGUGUAUAACUCUAGUUCCUUUUAGUUAUACCCGAGGAACCAGACUGGAAUCUUAAACCAGACCUGAAGCGUGGACGUAUAUGGAAAUCUAAGAUCAUGCUGGCUGAAUUAAGCAUUUUUUCUCCUGCAGUUAAGUAAACCAUGAUUAUGAUCAGUAGUUUGGUAGAAUGAAAAUUUUUUUUUUUCUAAGUCAAAAGAAACAGGAUAAACAUGAAGCUCUGGAUAAGUAAAUAACCAAAGACUGCAAUUCUUAAAGUCUGGUGACUUCAUUAUUUUAAAGAAAUAAAGUUUAUACAAAGAAGCUGAAGUAGGCAAGCUCAAGAAGGAGAAAAUUCGUAAGCAGUAUUUUCGAAGCUUAUUUGAAGUAAAGUAAAAAAGACAAGACAAGAGACAAAGACAAGAAUGAGUAAACCUGUAAGAGUCAGCUGUUUCUGGAUUUCAGUGGCACUUUCAUGACAAAACCAGCUGUCCACAGGAUUCAGUCACAUCUUCAAAUGGAAAGCUUACCUAGGGUGCACCAGAAAAGACUGGUGGGAUGCAGACAAGCCAGUUGGACUACAGUGUGCCAAAAAAGAAGAGGAGGAGAUGAGAAGAAGAAACUAGUUACAAGUUGGAUUAUAUGAGAACUGGUGCCACAGUUGACCUAAAAAUAUCCAACUCUUACUUAGAUAUUGCAGUUUAGGGAUUUCAAGUUCAGAACCAAAAGGCAUAGCCAGUAGGUAAUUUUUUUUUUUUUUAAAUAAACAGAACUUCACUGAUUUCUCUUAAGAGGGUUGAAAAGCUUUUAUUGUCCCACCUAAUCUAGUUGUUCUUUCUAAUCCUAUUAUCUGACAUGGUGUUUUUCUAUAACCCUCUUGCUCUCCAGGUUACAAUAUGGACCAGCCCAGGGAAAGAGGUUCAAGCUUUAUUACAUUCCACAGAAUUAUGGCCACAUUCAUAUUUAAAUAAGCUCAUUUUCUGCUCCCUCUUGUGGAUGGGAGGGAGAAGGGCAAAUGUAUACAUAACAUAUUUUCAGUUACUGUAUAAAUCUUCUACUCGAACCAUUUCAACAGCAAAUAAACCCAUUGUUCAAUGCAAAGUGCAAAUAGUGAAACGUGAACUUAAAUAACUGGGCUAGACCCUGCAUACACAAUAGGAUCUAUUUAGAUUUACAGCUUUUAAUACAAUAUAAAUCAGCAUUCACAAUAUCUUACCUUUAACUGUGCUGGUUCCUAAGAUCAAGUAACAGUGAAGUCAGUGUAAUUUUAUGAAACCUUAAGGGCCACAUUUCCUGUACCACUGUCUGAUUCUAUUUUUAUAACUGCAUUAACAGGAAAAAAUUUAACCCAGUAAGUCACAGUGACUUUUUUUUUUUUUUUUACGUUUCAAGCAAAGAAUAAAAAAUCAAGGGAAUUUUGUAAAAAAUGUUUACCUUCACAUUUUCAGUUGUUACUUGAUUGUCUCCAAAGCUGUAUCUAUAUCAGACAUAGUAACGUUAAAAAAAAAAAAA